CUCUUAUUGAUCAGUUUAUCGGUUGUUAUUUUUCGCUUCAAGUCUUGUCUUCUCGGUCAACGAAAAAAAACAAUAAACAAAUCGCACAGCCCCAAAAUGAUCAGUGGUCUGUAGGACUGGGAUCCACCUGUUGCUCGGUUUAACUGUGCUGGAAAAGCGGACUUUCGGCGCGCUGCUCUUUUCCUGCGACUGCUGGUGCGUGACCUAUUUAUGUAACCUGUUUUUGAAAAAGAACAUCCCGCUUUCGACGGGUCCGGAAAAGUGUUAAUUAAACGGUCGUGGCGAGAGCGAUUCCAAUUAGAAUUCGAAUUCGGUGACCGAAAAGCGGAGAGUGCAAAUUCUGAGGCGCCAAUUAAGAGAAGAACAAACCAAGCGGCAGCAGCGAAGAGGAACGGGCCAUUGUCCCUGGAUGCCAACACAGGAUCAGUAAAUGAAGGACGACGAACAUGGUGAUCGUAACACGUGGUGACUACAUCUGGAUAGAGCCCGCAUCUGGGCGAGAAUUCGAUGUGGCCAUUGGAGCACGUGUCGUCUCCGCCGAGGGUCGUCGCAUCCAGGUGCGCGAUGACGAUGGCGACGAGGUGUGGCUGGCACCCGAGCGCCGCAUCAAGGCCAUGCACGCGUCCUCCGUUCAAGGAGUGGAGGACAUGAUAUCCCUGGGUGAUCUGCACGAGGCUGGCAUCUUGCGGAAUCUGCUCAUCCGCUACAAGGAGAAUCUGAUAUACACUUACACGGGAUCCAUACUGGUUGCCGUUAAUCCCUACCAGAUUCUGCCCAUCUACACGGGCGAUCAGAUCAAGCUCUAUAAGGAGCGGAAAAUCGGAGAGCUACCGCCGCACAUCUUUGCGAUUGGCGACAAUGCGUAUGCGCAUAUGAAACGAUAUCGCCAGGAUCAGUGUAUCGUUAUUUCCGGAGAAUCUGGAGCUGGAAAGACGGAGAGCACGAAGUUAAUACUGCAGUAUCUGGCUGCGAUUAGUGGCAAACACUCAUGGAUCGAACAGCAAAUCCUCGAAGCGAAUCCAAUUUUGGAAGCUUUCGGAAAUGCCAAAACCAUUCGUAAUGACAAUUCAUCGCGCUUUGGAAAAUACAUAGAUAUACACUUUAGCGCCAAUGGCGUGAUCGAGGGAGCCAAAAUCGAGCAGUACCUGCUAGAGAAGUCGCGAAUUGUUUCCCAAAAUCAUAGCGAACGUAAUUAUCAUGUCUUUUACUGCAUUUUGGCCGGACUAUCGACAGAUGAGAAGAGCCGCCUCGAUCUGGGCAUGGCUGCUGAUUACAAAUAUCUGACUGGUGGAAAUAGCAUUACCUGCGAGGGUCGCGAUGAUGCCGCCGAGUUCUCCGACAUUCGAUCUGCCAUGAAGGUUUUGCUCUUCUCCGAUCAGGAAAUCUGGGAGAUAAUUAAGCUCCUGGCUGCCCUUCUCCACUGCGGCAACAUCAAAUAUAAGGCGACGGUGGUGGAUAAUCUGGAUGCAACCGAAAUACCGGAACACAUAAAUGUGGAGCGUGUUGCCGGGCUACUUGGACUUCCCAUUCAGCCGCUAAUUGAUGCUCUAACACGUCGAACGCUUUUUGCUCAUGGAGAAACCGUGGUGUCCACUCUGUCGCGCGAUCAAUCCGUGGAUGUGCGCGAUGCCUUUGUUAAAGGCAUAUACGGACGUAUGUUUGUGCACAUCGUUCGAAAGAUCAAUACGGCUAUUUUCAAGCCGCGCGGCACAUCCCGCAAUGCCAUCGGAGUUCUCGACAUUUUUGGUUUUGAGAACUUCGAUCAGAAUAGCUUUGAGCAGUUUUGCAUCAACUAUGCCAAUGAGAAUCUGCAGCAGUUCUUCGUGCAGCAUAUUUUUAAACUUGAGCAGGAAGAGUAUAACCACGAGGCCAUCAACUGGCAACACAUUGAGUUCGUAGACAAUCAGGAUGCGCUCGACUUGAUAGCUAUUAAGCAGCUCAAUAUUAUGGCUUUAAUCGAUGAGGAGGCCCGGUUUCCCAAGGGCACGGAUCAGACGAUGCUGGCCAAAUUGCACAAAACCCAUGGAUCGCACAAGAACUAUUUGAAGCCCAAGUCGGAUAUCAACACCAGCUUUGGACUGAAUCACUUUGCCGGCGUGGUGUUCUACGACACUCGAGGAUUUCUAGAUAAAAAUCGGGACACCUUCAGUCCCGAUCUAUUGCAUUUGGUUAGCCAGAGUACGAACAAGUUCCUCCGACAAAUCUUUGCUCAGGACAUAGAGAUGGGUGCCGAGACGCGAAAGCGAACACCCACACUCUCCACACAGUUUCGAAAAUCUCUCGAUGCACUAAUGAAGACGCUCAGCAGCUGCCAGCCAUUCUUUAUUCGUUGUAUCAAACCCAACGAGCUGAAGAAGCCAAUGAUGUUUGACCGUGGCUUGUGCUGCCGUCAGCUGCGAUACUCCGGCAUGAUGGAAACGAUCCGAAUUCGUCGCGCUGGAUAUCCCAUUCGGCAUGGAUUCAGAGAGUUCGUUGAGCGUUAUCGCUUCCUGAUACCGGGAGUUCCACCAGCUCAUCGCACGGAUUGUCAGGCGGCGACUUCGAGGAUUUGCGCCGUGGUUCUGGGCAAGUCCGACUAUCAGCUGGGCCACACCAAGGUCUUCCUCAAGGAUGCCCACGAUCUGUUUCUGGAGCAGGAGAGAGAUCGCGUGCUGACGCGAAAAAUCCUCAUUCUGCAGCGCAGCAUUCGAGGAUGGGUGUACCGACGAAGGUUUCUACGCCUGAGAGCUGCUGCUAUCACUGUGCAGCGAUUCUGGAAGGGCUAUGCUCAACGUAAACGAUACAGGAACAUGCGAGUGGGCUACAUGCGUUUGCAAGCGUUGAUCCGUUCUAGGGUUCUGUCACAUCGUUUCCGCCAUCUGAGGGGCCACAUUGUCGGUCUGCAAGCCCAUGCCCGAGGAUAUUUGGUCAGGCGAGAGUAUGGUCACAAGAUGUGGGCCGUCAUUAAGAUCCAGUCUCAUGUGCGGCGUAUGAUUGCCAUGCGUCGCUACCGGAAACUUCGCUUGGAACAUAAGCAGUUUGCCGAAGUUCUUCAGCUGCGCAAACUGGAGGAGCAGGAACUGCUGCAUCGGGGCAAUAAGCAUGCCCGAGAAAUUGCCGAGCAGCAUUACCGAGAUCGAUUGCACGAGCUGGAGCGUCGGGAAAUUCAGGAGCAAUUGGAGAAUCGUCGUCGAGUGGAGGUCAAUAUGAAUAUUAUCAAUGAUGCCGCCCGCAAGCAGGAGGAGCCGGUGGACGAUGGCAAACUGGUGGAGGCCAUGUUUGACUUCCUUCCCGAUUCCAGUAGCGAUGCCCCUACUCCGCAUGGUGGACGUGAAACGUCCGUGUUCAACGAUCUGCCUCACGCGCAAAAUGUCAACCAGGACGAUAUCAUUGCACCCAUACACAUAUCCGAGGAUGAGGAGGAUCUAUCGGAAUUCAAGUUCCAGAAAUUCGCCGCCACCUACUUCCAAGGGAAUGUCAACCAUCAGUAUGCAAAGAAAGCUUUGAAGCAUCCCUUACUUCCGCUCCAUACGCAAGGCGAUCAACUUGCCGCCCAGGCAUUGUGGAUAACCAUUCUGAGGUUUACAGGUGAUAUGCCGGAGCCGAAGUAUCACACAAUGGAUCGCAUGGACACCACUUCCGUCAUGUCCAAGGUCACUGCCACCUUGGGGCGCAAUUUCAUCAGGAGUAAGGAAUUCCAAGAAGCUCAGCUUAUGGGCCUGGAUCCAGAUGCUUUCCUGAAGCAAAAGCCACGGUCGAUCCGCCACAAACUCGUAUCCUUGACGUUGAAGCGAAAGAACAAAUUGGGCGAGGAUGUGCGUCGCCGACUGCAAGAUGAUGAAUACACGGCGGAUAGCUACCAAUCGUGGCUGCAAUCCCGUCCAACCUCCAACCUUGAAAAGCUGCAUUUCAUCAUUGGCCAUGGUAUCCUGCGGGCGGAGCUGCGUGACGAAAUAUACUGCCAGAUUUGCAAGCAGCUGACGAACAAUCCUUUGAAAUCCUCACAUGCCAGAGGUUGGAUUCUGUUAUCCCUGUGCGUCGGAUGUUUUGCUCCAUCGGAAAAGUUUGUUAACUACUUGAGGGCCUUUAUCCGUGAGGGUCCACCUGGAUAUGCACCGUACUGCGAGGAGCGACUGAAACGAACUUUCAACAAUGGAACUCGCAAUCAACCGCCUUCGUGGCUGGAGUUGCAGGCCACCAAAUCCAAAAAGCCCAUCAUGCUGCCCAUUACGUUUAUGGAUGGAAAUACAAAGACUCUGUUGGCUGAUUCGGCCACCACGGCCCGGGAACUAUGCAAUCAACUGUCCGACAAGAUAAGUCUCAAAGAUCAGUUUGGGUUUUCCCUGUACAUAGCUCUGUUCGACAAAGUUAGUUCUUUGGGAAGUGGCGGGGACCACGUGAUGGACGCCAUCUCACAAUGUGAGCAGUAUGCUAAGGAGCAGGGCGCCCAGGAGCGAAAUGCCCCGUGGCGUCUGUUCUUCCGCAAGGAAAUCUUUGCUCCUUGGCACGAACCCACACACGAUCAGGUGGCCACCAAUCUUAUUUACCAGCAGGUGGUGCGAGGCGUUAAGUUUGGCGAAUACCGCUGCGAUAAGGAGGAAGACUUGGCCAUGAUAGCUGCGCAGCAAUAUUUCAUCGAAUACUCUACCGAUAUGUCAAUGGAGCGGCUGUUUACCCUUCUGCCAAACUUCAUACCCGACUUUUGUCUCAGCGGAGUGGACAAGGCCAUUGAACGUUGGGCUGCUUUGGUUUUGCAGGCCUAUAAGAAAUCCUACUAUGUCAAGGACAAGAUUGCACCCUUAAAAAUUAAGGAGGAUAUAGUUAGCUACGCCAAGUACAAGUGGCCCCUGCUCUUUUCUCGUUUCUACGAAGCGUAUCGAAACUCCGGUCCGAAUCUGCCCAAAAACGAUGUCAUCAUUGCGGUGAACUGGACCGGCGUGUAUGUGGUGGAUGAUCAGGAGCAGGUCCUGUUGGAACUGAGCUUCCCCGAGAUUACUGCCGUGUCCAGUCAGAAGACCAACAAGGUCUUCACCCAGACUUUCAGUCUUUCCACUGUUCGAGGCGAGGAGUUCACCUUCCAGAGUCCCAAUGCUGAGGAUAUCCGAGAUCUGGUUGUCUACUUCUUAGAUGGCCUGAAGAAACGAUCGAAAUAUGUCAUUGCCUUGCAGGACUAUCGUGCGCCUUCAGAUGGAACAAGUUUUCUGUCUUUCUUUAAGGGAGAUCUGAUCAUACUAGAGGACGAAUCCUGUGGAGAAUCAGUUCUAAACAACGGCUGGUGCAUAGGACGCUGCGAUCGUUCACAGGAGCGAGGAGACUUUCCCGCCGAAACGGUGUACGUGCUGCCCACACUUAGCAAACCGCCGCAGGAUAUUUUGGCCCUGUUCAACAUCGAGGAGGCGCAUCAUGGACGACGUCUAAGCAUGGCUUCCAAUGGUGGAGCUGUGGAACCAAGGGAUCGACCUCAUACGCUGAUGGAGUAUGCCCUGGAUCACUUCCGUUUGCCACCAAAACGAACAAUGUCGAAAACACUCACUCUGAGUUCAAAACGUAGUGAGGAACUGUGGCGCUAUUCCCGGGAUCCCAUUAAGGCACCGCUGCUGCGCAAGUUGCAAAGCAAGGAAGAGUUUGCCGAGGAGGCCUGCUUCGCCUUUGCCGCCAUACUGAAGUAUAUGGGAGAUCUGCCCUCCAAGCGUCCGCGGAUGGGCAACGAGAUAACCGAUCACAUAUUUGAUGGACCCCUGAAGCAUGAAAUUCUGCGCGACGAGAUCUACUGUCAACUGAUGAAGCAGCUAACGGACAACCGCAACCGAAUGUCCGAGGAGAGGGGCUGGGAGCUGAUGUGGUUGGCCACGGGACUGUUUGCCUGCUCACAGGGUUUGCUCAAGGAAUUGCUAUUGUUCCUGCGCACCAGGCGUCAUCCCAUUUCACAGGAUUCAAUGCAUCGACUACAGAAAACUAUACGCCAUGGACAACGCAAAUAUCCGCCGCAUCAGGUGGAGGUGGAAGCCAUACAGCAUAAAACCACACAGAUCUUCCACAAGGUCUACUUCCCGGACGACACAGACGAGGCCUUCGAAGUGGACAGCUCCACUCGGGCGAAGGAUUUCUGCAACAACAUCUCGCAGCGCCUUUCGCUGCGCACCAGCGAGGGCUUCUCCCUGUUUGUGAAGAUCGCCGAUAAGGUCAUUUCUGUUCCCGAAGGUGAUUUCUUCUUCGAUUUCGUACGCCAUUUGACCGACUGGAUUAAAAAAGCGCGUCCCAUACGAGAUGGAGCGAAUCCGCAGUUCACUUACCAGGUCUUCUUCAUGAAGAAACUGUGGACGAACACAGUGCCAGGCAAGGAUCGGAAUGCCGAUCUUAUAUUCCACUAUCAUCAGGAGUUGCCCAAGCUGUUGCGUGGCUAUCACAAGUGUUCCAGGGAGGAGGCGGCUAAGCUGGCCGCUCUAGUCUUCCGUGUGCGCUUUGGAGAAAAUAAACAAGAACUGCAGGCCAUACCACAAAUGCUGAGGGAACUUAUUCCAUCGGAUAUUAUGAAAAUGCAGAGCACUAGCGAAUGGAAACGAUCGAUUGUUGCAUCUUAUAACCAGGAUGGGGGCAUGACUUCCGAAGACGCGAAAGUGGCCUUCUUGAAGAUUGUAUAUAGAUGGCCAACUUUUGGCUCCGCUUUCUUUGAGGUGAAGCAAACCACUGAACCGAAUUAUCCCGAAAUGCUUUUGAUAGCCAUUAACAAACACGGCGUGAGUCUCAUACAUCCAGUGACCAAGGACAUUUUGGUAACGCAUCCAUUUACACGCAUCUCGAAUUGGUCAUCGGGCAAUACAUAUUUCCACAUGACCAUCGGAAAUCUGGUUAGGGGCUCGAAGUUGUUAUGUGAAACGUCGCUGGGCUACAAGAUGGACGAUCUGCUGACUUCAUAUAUCUCGUUGAUGUUGACCAAUAUGAACAAAAAUCGAACCAUUCGAGCCAACUAGUAAUACCUAUACCUAUACCGAAAAUAUUUAUAAUAAUUAUAAAUUACAAUUGCAAUAACUUAUGAAAGCCUAGUACUUUAUAGAUUUAAAUCAUACUUAAUACCCACCUCCCUUUACUCUAAUUGCAUUCCCUUCCCCCAGAGAAUUCAUUCCAAUUUUGGUCUUGUUCAGCUAUCGAUUAUACCAAACCAACUUCCAACUUUUGUUUUUAGUAUUUGUAUGUGUAUAAAUUUUGCAAUUACACGUUUAGGUAUUCUUAUGGCACAUUCCGGUUAAAUUAUACAAUUAAUACAAUGUUUUUGUAUGAAGAAAAGGUCUUACAUAUUUUUAGAUAAGCAUUUGUAUCUACACAUAUUGCAUCUAUCUCUUUGUAUAUCCUAACUGCAUAUCUGUACUGAUGACGUUUUGUAUCAAAUACAUAGAAAU